CUUUAGUUUCUCCAAGUGCGCGCGCGCAGUCGAUGUUGCUCCGUCGGGAAACGUGCGCGUCUCUACGUUUCAACACCGCGUUCGUGAUUCCGCAUUACAUACCGCUGUGAACGUAAAUAAAAACUUUCGUUUUCACCCUAACAAGAAAAAAUAAAUCAAACCCAUUUUGUGUAUGUGCAAUUGGCAGUUAAUAGAAAGUUCCUUGGUUACUGUUGCCUGGUUGAACAAACUACAGGCUCGCAUUCACGAGUGCACCGAAGGCGUUGGAAUAACUAAUACGGUCGUGAAUGCCGCGGCGCAUGGAUGGCGCACGCCUGGCGCUCGCUCGCCGUGCUGCUUGCUGCCCUCACUCUAGUCCUUGCUAAAUAUGCAGAACUACAGGCAUGGAGGGGCGCCGGGCGGCCGGCAACGGCAUUCCAGGAGGCGGAGGACGAGCGCUAUGACGCAGAAAUGCUGGCGGCCGUCCGUGCCUCCAUGCGCGAUUGGGAGAUAAGGAGAUCGCGGACCAGGAGCAAGAGAUCCCAAGGCAGCGUGUGCUACGGCGAGUUCGGGUGCUUCGAGGAUGCGGGCCCGUUCGCGUACCUCGAGACGCUGCCGAGCUCCCCGCAGGAGGUCGGCACUCACUUCCUCAUGUACUCCACUCUCAGUCGAGGUGACCAGCCGUUGCUGGCUGUAUCAGCGAGCAACAUGUCUGCCGCGUGGGGCUGGGCGGCGCGGACCUUCGAUACGGCGCGACCCACCCGCGUCAUCGUCCACGGCUUCGGAUCCAACUGCGAUAACGUCUGGGUCUACGAGAUGCGGUCGGCUCUGAUGGCUGUGGAAGAAUGCAACGUAAUCUGUGUUGACUGGGAAGGCGGGGCGACAAUGCCAAAUUAUCUUCGAGCUGCCGCUAACACAAGGCUUGUAGGAAAACAGCUGGCAAUGUUGUUACAAGGUUUAGCGGAACACAUUGAUUUACGAUUUGAAGACAUACACUUGAUCGGAUUCAGUUUGGGUGCGCACGUUGCCGGCUUUGCGGGCUCUGAACUGCGGAACAUCAGCAGAAUAACAGGUCUAGACCCAGCCGGUCCUCUAUUCGAGUUUCAAGAUCCCAGAGCACGAUUGGACAAGUCAGAUGCCAAGUUCGUAGAUGUAAUCCACUCGAAUGGAGAGACGCUCAUCUUUGGAGGACUCGGCGCUGCACAACCACUCGGCCAUGUGGACUUCUACCCUAAUGGGGGGAGGGUGCAACAUGGCUGUUCGAACUUGUUCGUGGGUGCAGUUUCCGACCUGGUGCUGCCGUGGUCGGCGCCGUCGCCCGAGGGCCGGUCGCUGUGCAACCACCGACGCGCGUACAAAUUCUUCACCGACUCUGUCUCGCCCAAGUGCCAUUUCCCAGCCUUCCCUUGCGCCGACUACGAUACUUUUCUCGAGGGCCGAUGUUUCCCAUGCGACGGUCAGCGACGCUGCGGCAAUAUGGGCUACUACGCGGACCGGUCGCUGGGCCGCGGCCAGCUCUACUUGCUAACUAGGGAGGAAGAACCGUUCUGCGCACACCAGUACCACGUGUCAGUGUGGACAAGGAUUGAACCUGGCGAGAAACCUAACUUCGGCCGCAUGACUCUGACGUUGCAUGGAGACACCGGGCUCAACGAAACCUUCCCGAUGACCAAGCGUGAAAACACAUCGUUCGGCGGCGCGCGGUUUUCCCGAGUGAUAGUCCCGCACCCCGCCCUAGGCGUUCCACUGCGAGCCACAUUGCAGUAUGCUGCGUAUUCCGGCUGGCUCAGCGCCGGAGCCAAAAUCGUCAACGUGGACAAGCUGCUCAUCGCCGAUAGCUUCUCUAAAACAUCAUCAUUCUGCAAAAGAGGACUACAGCUACAAUCUGAAGAAGCUGUUGAAUUGCCUUUGUAUCCUGGAGACUGCCAAAUACCAGAGGAUGACCGAACAAAUUCUACAAGCGGAGACUACGAGUAUGUAACUAAAGAAAAUACAACUAAAAACGUAGUCGACCCGCUGGACAACGAGCUGCCCGAGGACUCGCCGCAGCGGCCCUUCGUGCUCGUCGACAACUCCGAGUGGACCGGCGCCGAGAACGGCCGCGCCUUCGGCAUGACCAACAUCAAGACGGCGCCCAGCGGGAUCGUCGAGAUCGCCGAGCCCGUGCUGCGCCCGCGGCCGCGCAAGACGCCGCGCCACCGCGCCGACGCGCCCGAGACCCACGAGAUAUCCGAGCCCAUCCUCCGCGCCACGCAGCCGCCGCGCCCCACCGCGCCCCCCUCCCGCCGGGCCAAGAACUACGACGGCUCCACCUCGCCCGCCUACGAGGCGAUGUCGUGGGGCGACCGCGCCGAGAAGGACGAGCCCAGCUUCGCGGUCCAGUUCCUCCCGUCGCGCCUCGCGUCCUUCAUCUCGAGGGCCGAGAGAUACGCCCGAGACACCCUGCUGCCGCUCGUCUCCGCGUACGCGCCUCGUCUGCCGAUAUUCGGCUCCCGGGAGGUCGCCAAACCGACCGCGAGGUACAUCCCCACCGAGGACUUCAACGCGACGAGCUCGGUGCCCGUGCCGACGCCGACGCUGGAGAUGAAGAUCGAGACGCUGAGGUCGGUCGGGCCGCCCGGCGAGCGCCGGGAGGUCGAGACGCCGGAGGAGCCCGACAUCCCGGUGGUGAUAUCGACGACGACGACGACGACGGCGGCGCCGACGACGACGACGGAGCGGCUGCGCGCGGCGCCGAGCGAGACGCUGCAGGUGGUGUCGGCGCCGGCCGCGUCCACCACGACCGCGCUGCCGCCGGUGGCGCUGCGCAGCGACAGCGAGAAGAUCGUCAUCGUGUACCCGAGCAACGCGCGCGACGAGCGCAAGAUCCGCUCGCACUCGUACCCGGAGGAGCUGCAGUUCGAGGCGCUGUACCGGCGCACGGCCGCGCCUGCUCUACGCGUGGACCUGCCCACAUUUGCGCCGCCCACACCGCCCGCCCCGGCCCCUCCACCCGCGCCCAGUCCCAGUGCCCCCGACUCCGACUCGGGUUUCGUCCCGAUGCUCUUCACGAAUUCGGAAAACAAAUUGGACUCGAAAACGAAACCCACGUGAAUUCGAUAUCAGUAUUUUUAAGGUUCCGUGAUCUUCGUUCUGUUACCUGACCGGGUACGAUUAAAUUAUGCCAGUUGGAGGCUUCGUUUUGUACGGUUGACGUGAAAAUUUGUUAACUUUUUUUAGACUACCGCACUGAUGUUAGAAAUUAUUAUUGUUUCCUGAAGUGAUAUUUAAAUUCCCAGUGUAAAAUAAUGGUGAAAUUGUUGAAUUAUAAAUGUUGCCUUUGAUAUUAUCGGUUAAGAAAAAGGUUGUAAAUAAACUUAGAUGUUAUGUAGAGUUAAGAAAAGACUAUUUUAUAAAAUAAAAAUCUUAUUUAUUACCGUCGGUGCUUUCGCUUUUGAACAUAAACAUUAUUUUUGGUAAAACAGGAAACUUAAAACAAAAAGACGAAUUUGAAACAAAAUAAAUGAUUGAAUAUGUCGACUAUACGACAAACAUCUUAAUUCUCAUCAAAAACUUAAUUACAUAUUUUAUCCUAAUGAAGUUUGUAGCUAAAUAUUAGCACAAUGUAGGUACGACGACUGUUCGGAAUGCUAUGUCAUUAUCAUAAAUUGACUUAGAGAUUAUUUCAAGAAGACAUAAUUUUACAACAACACAUCGAGUAUAGUUUUUAAUUGGGCUUGUUUUCAUUAAUUACAUUUUAUAGGAUAACAAGUGCUAUGACUUGUAUCAAGGUAUAUUACGGUACCUAA